GCCAAACGUUGAGAAGUUGGGAUGCACUUGGCUCUUUAUUCAUAUUGUGAUGAGAGGCUGUGACAACUACCAGGUUGAAUCAUAUAACGAUAUGGAUGGCAAAAAUUUUGCCUGGAAGAACAUGCGGAAUUCUUUAUUUCAAUCGUCGAACUCCACUUGGCGUGAUGUCCUUACUGAUGCAAAAAAAGGAGAAUGUAACAUUUGGGAAAGUUAG